AUGUGUAUACGUUUGGAGAACUAUGGGUAUAAUUCGAAACAUUUUAUACAAUCUUUUUCAAACCAUUAUGUAUCAACUGUGGAACAAGGAAAUUAUGUGGCAUGCCCACUAGGUGCAUUUUUUAUGUUGUGCACAUUAUUGGGUUCCGGAGGGGCUAAACGUAAUACAUCUUUUCAGAUUGGUAAAGCACUGCAAAUCCAACGUGAUGGAGAUGAUGAAAGCUGCUUAGAAAGAGAUUACAGAUAUCAAUGGAGAAAAAAGAAAAGUAUUUCUAUCGCAAAUGCUAUGUAUACACGAGCUGAUAUUCUGAUGAAAGAGGAUUUUGAGUCUCAGUUAGUAAAAUGUUUUGAUCAACAAAUUUACAAAAUUAACUUCAGAGACCAACAGUCAGCCAUGGAAACAAUCAACGAGUGGCCCCAAGAAAUUCAUACCGAUUCAAUCUUCAACCUAUUUAACAUCUUUCAUUUCAAAGAUGUUUGGGAAGUGCCGUUCAUGGAUAUGUUGACGGAAAAUGCUUCUUUUGAAGUUUCUUCGGAUCGUCAAAUCCAAGUACCUAUAAUGUCAAAUGAGGAGGAACUUGAUUAUGGUGAUUUCAAAUCCGAGGGCUUUGAAAUAAUUAGAAAACCUUUUAAGAACUCAAGAUUUUCUUUCAUUGUAAUGCUACCAAAGGAGAAGUGGAAUUUAACUGACUUGUCUGGAAUAACAGGUGAAAAGAACAUUUACGUGACGACUUUUCAACAGAAAGAUGUAAUUCGUGUAGAUGAGACAGGAAUUGAGGCUGGUUCUGUAGCCAAUCUAGUGGUAGUACCAUUGUCUGCGUCUCUAAAUCCAACCGAAUUUCAUGUUACACACCCAUUUGUCUGCUCAAUUUAUGAUCAUGAAUUAAAAAUUCCAUUAGUUACUGCUCGUGUGUUAGAGCCAACUUAG